AUGCAAACGAGAACUACCCAACUUGCUGUUAGAGAAUUCGAAAACCGCUUCGUCACCGCCUUGAGAAACUGCGUGAAAAUAGCGGAACUGAGGAAGAUUCAUGCCCACAUUGUCAAGCUCUCACUGUCACAGAGCAACUUCUUGGCCACAAAAAUGGUGGAUUUAUGCGACAACUUGGGCGACGUAGAUUACGCGACCUUGCUCUUCGAACAACUAGUUGAGCCAAACGUGUUCUCCUACAACGCAAUCAUCAGAACCUACACACACAAUCACCAGCAUUCCCUAGCAAUCACUCUUUUCAACCAAAUGCUGAGACAUCCAACGAAAUCAGCUUUGCCUGACAAAUUUACAUUCCCGUUCGUGAUAAAGUCGUGUGCGAGGCUUCAGUGCCAUCGUCUUGGCCAGCAAGUUCAUGCGCAAGUUUGCAAAUUUGGGCCCAAAUCACAUUCUAUAACAGAGAACGCGCUGAUUGAUAUGUACGCGAAAUUUGAUGAUUUGACCAAUGCAUACCAAGUGUUUGAUCAAAUGACUGAACGAGACGCAGUUUCUUGGAAUAGCCUAAUCUUUGGGCACGCGAGAUUGGGGCAGUUGAAGAGUGCAAGGUCGCUGUUUGACGAAAUGCCUUGUAGGACAAUCGUGUCUUGGACAAGUAUGAUAACCGGGUACGCUAGAACAGGGUGCUAUGUUGAUGCAUUGGACAUUUUCCGCAAGAUGCAAAUGGUGGGUAUUGAACCUGAUGUGAUUAGUAUUAUAUCUGUUCUGCCGUGUUGUGCACAGCUUGGAGCUCUUGAGGUUGGGAAAUGGAUUCACAUGUACUCGGAUAAAAAUGGUUUUUUGCAGCAGACUGGUAUAUGUAAUGCACUAGUUGAAAUGUAUGCAAAGUGUGGUUGCAUUGAUGAAGCUUGGAGCUUGUUUGAGAAGUUGAUUGAGAAGGAUGUGGUUUCUUGGAGUACCAUGAUUGGAGGACUAGCUAAUCAUGGACAAGGUUAUGCUGCAAUUCAACUCUUUCAAGACAUGCAGAAGACACUAGUCAUUCCUAAUGGGAUAACUUUUCUUGCUAUUUUGUCAGCUUGUGUUCAUGCAGGCUUAUGGAAUGAGGGAUUGAGAUAUUUUGAUGUUAUGAGGUUGGAUUAUCAUAUAGUGCCAGAAAUUGAGCACUAUGGUUGCCUAGUUGAUCUUCUGGGACGCUCGGGAUGCGUUGAUCAGGCUCUGGACACAAUAUUGAAGAUGCCAAUAAAGCCAGAUUCAAGGAUAUGGAACUCUUUGUUAAGCUCUUGCAGGAUUCAUCGCAAUCUUGAGAUUGCUAUUAUUGCAAUGGAACAGAUUUCAGAGCUUGAGCCAGAGGAAUCUGGGAACUAUGUUUUGCUUGCUAACAUAUAUGCGGAACUUGGCAAGUGGGAAGGUGUAUCAAAUAUUAGGAAACUAAUAAGAAGCAAGAGGAUAAAGAAAACGCCGGGGUGUAGCUUGAUUGAGGUCAACGAUGUGGUUGAAGAAUUUGUAUCAGGUGACGAUUCAAAGACCUUUUCACAAGAUGUCUUUUGGAUCCUACAAGGACUGGCUUUACACCAAACUAGAGCCAAUGAUUUCAUGGAAUUUGAAGAAGAUGCGGGUCAAGUUUUAUAG